ACGAAGCAUGUAUCUCCUUCAAAACACAAACAAGAUCUUCUCUAUCUCCCUUUCUGUCUACAAACUUUCUUAAACUCACGAGUCAAAAUUACACGAAAAUGGGAACGUGCAGUUCAAGUGAAUCUCGGAGAACAGAGACGGCGAAGCUGAUUCUACCAGACGGAACAUUACAAGAGUUUUCAUCACCUGUAAAAGUAUGGCAGAUUCUUCAAAAGAACCCCACGAGUUUCGUUUGUAACUCCGACGAUAUGGACUUUGACGACGCCGUUGUAGCGGUGGGUGGCAGCGAGGAUCUCCGGCCUGGAGAGCUUUACUUCGUUUUACCUUUGACAUGGCUUAAUCAUCCACUAAGAGCCGAGCAAAUGGCGGCUUUGGCGGUUAAAGCGAGCUCCGCGCUUACCAAAAGCGGUUGGAGUUGUGGUCAUGACGGUGAAGGGAGAAGGGUCUCUGGUGGUGAGUGUAGAGUUAAGAGAGUGAAGAGAAAUGGGUGCGGCGGAAGAGGGAGAAGGAAGUUUACGGUGGAGUUAAGUUCAAUAGCAGAGUAGGAGUAAUUUGGUCAGAAGAUGUGUAAAUUGUAAUUAGAGAGUUUGACUUUUUAUAUAUAUAGUUUUCUU